AGUUGCGACUGUGUUAUGAUUAUCACUGCAUGAUUUUAAUGGAUACGUUUAUGAUUUUAAUCUAAUUAAAAACAAAGCAUAACAAUGUCUCUAGCUGAUGAGCUUUUAGCCGAUUUAGAAGAGGGAGGUGAAGAAUUAGAAACUAUCGACGAAGAUGAUGAGGAAUCAAUUAACGACGUUGUUGAUGAUAUUGGCAUGUACAGCGAUCGCCAAGUCGCUGGUUCCAAUGUUCGUAGUGUUGCAAAACUGAAAGAUAGUAAAGAACUAGCAAAAAUUCUUCAAGACAUAGAAGAGUACUCAGCCAAGCCAAAAAGAAGUGCAAUAGCUGGACCAGUAGAGGUUGACCCUGAAUACAAGCUGAUUGUUGAUGCCAAUAACAUGACAGUUGAAAUUGACAAUGAGAUCAAUGUUAUUCACCAGUUUGCGAAAGAUAUUUAUUCCAAACGAUUUCCAGAAUUAGAAUCAUUAGUACCAAUGCCUCUUGAAUAUAUCUGUACAGUGAAAGAACUUGGAAACAACAUUCUUGAACGAUCAAAGAAUAAUGAAAUUCUUCAAGAUAUUUUAACUCCAGCCACAAUAAUGGUGGUAAGUGUUACCGCAUCCACAACACAAGGAACCGAGUUAUCAGAGAAGGAUUUAGCAUCUGUAAUGGAAAGCUGUGACAUGGCUAUUGAAUUAAACAAAAGUAAAACAAAAAUAUUUGAAUAUGUUGAGUCAAGAAUGACAUUUAUUGCCCCUAAUUUGUCUAUAAUUGUAGGCGCAUCAAUAGCUGCUAAACUGAUGGGAACAGCUGGUGGGCUUACUAAUCUUUCAAAGAUGCCAGCAUGUAAUGUCAUGCUGUUAGGGAGUCAGAAAAAGACACUUGCUGGUUUCUCUAGCACAAACAUUCUACCACACACUGGUUUCAUCUAUUACAGUGACCUUGUUCAGAAAAUGCCACCAGAAAUGAGAAGAAAAUCCGCUAGGGCGAUUGCGGCUAAAUGUACAUUAGCUGCAAGAGUGGACAGUUUUCAUGAAAGCGUUGACGGAGCAGCAGGUGACAGAUUUAGAGCUGAACUUGAUACUAAAAUGGACAAGAUGACAGAGCCGCCUCCUGUCAAAUUUUCAAAACCUCUCCCUGCUCCCAUUGAACAGUCUAAGAAAAAGCGUGGUGGUAGACGAGCAAGAAAAAUGAAGGAGAGAUUAGGUCUGACAGAGUUGAGAAAGCAAGCCAACAGAAUGAACUUUGGUCAGAUAGAGGAUGAUGCCUAUCAGGAUGACCUUGGUUUCUCAAUGGGAACAAUGGGGAAAUCCAACUCUGGUAAAAUCAGAGGAGCACCUGUGGAUGCAAAGACAAAAGCUAGAAUCUCCAAGACAUUACAGCAGAAAUUGAGCAAGCAAAAUCAAACAUGGGGUGGAAGUACUACAGUUAAAAAGACGGUGGAAGGUACAGCAUCCAGUGUUGCAUUCACACCCUUGAAGAACUUGGAGAUUUUCAACCCACAUGCAGCCGAGACCAAAGUUCAACAGACCACACAAAAAUACUUUUCAACCACUGGCUCCUUCUUAAAAGUUAAGAAAGAAGCAGGCAAAAUGGGACCACCACCUCCACCAGGAUCUUCGGGGUCUAAGUGAUCACAGGAAAGAUUCUUGUCUGGA